AUGUUAUCAUUGAUGAUCGUGCUGAAUGCAAGACAUACUGAUGAUGAGAAAUUGUUUGGUAAAGUAUGGAUUAUGGCAGUGCAGUUGGAUUUUGCAGCACUGGUCUUACAUAAGGAUUUGGAUCUAGAAAUCUUCCAUGGUGAUUUAGCCUUUACACCUCACACCCAUGAGAUUCCAGGAUUCCAGCCUUUUCUUCAGAGCCUAAAUCCCUUUCUGGCUAAGAAAGAUGGCUUUAUUCAGACAUUUUGGGAACAGGCAUUUGGUUGUUCCUUUCUAAAUGCCAAUGUUCAGGAGAACAUUGACAACAGAUGCACUGGAGAAGAGAGGCUGGAAAACUUACCUGGGCCUUUCUUUGAAAUGAGUAUGACUGGCCACAGUUACAGUAUUUACAAUGCAGUCUAUGCUUUGGCAAAUUCUAUACGCAUCAUUGAUUCAAGCAUUUCAGGCUUCAGAAGAACAUUUGCCAAAAGAGAAAUAGAAAAUGGAAUUCUGCAGCCUUGGCAGGUAACACCUGUUUCUCUCUGCAAUUGCAUCUGCCCUCCUGGUUAUCAUAAGAGAAAGAAGGAAGGGAAGCCAUUUUGCUGCUAUGAUUGUGUUCAGUGUCCAGAAGGAAAAGCUUCUCCCCAAGCAGACAUGGAUUCCUGCAACAUCUGCCAAGAAGAUUAUUAUCCAAACAAGAAACAAAAUCAAUGCAUUCCUAAGAUGUUUUCCUUCUUGUCUUAUGAGGAAUCCUUGGGAAUGGGGUUAGCCAUUUCUGCAUAUUUCUUUUUUUUCAUCACAGUUUGGAUAUUAUGGAUUUUUAUAAAGUAUCGCAACACUCCUAUUGUCAAAGCCAACAAUAGGAGCCUCACUUACACCCUCCUUGUUUUCCUUCUCCUCUGCUUCCUAUCUUCAUCGGUCUUCAUUGGCCAACCUCAGAAGUUGACUUGUCUCUUCCGCCAAAUGACUUUUGGAAUCAUUUUUUCGGUGGCUGUUUCAUGUGUGCUGGCAAAAAACAUUACUGUGAUUGUUGCUUUCCUUGCCACCCAACCAGGAUCUGGAAUGAGAAAGUGGAUGGGAAAAAAACUAGCCAAUGCUAUAAUUAUUUUCUGUUCUUCUAUCCAAGCAGGUGUAUGUCUUAUUUGGUUGGCUACAACUCCCCCUUUUCCUGAUUUGGAUAUGCACUCAAUGGCUGAAAAAAUUGUGUUAGAGUGUAAUGAAGGCUCAACUGCCAUAUUCUAUUGUGUCCUAGGAUACAUGGGCUUCCUAGCUUUUGUGAGCUUCCUUGUGGCUUUCUUUGCCAGGAAGUUACCUGACAGUUUCAAUGAAGCCAAGUUCAUCACCUUCAGCAUGUUGGCCUUUUGCAGCAUUUGGUUAUCCUUUAUUCCUACAUACUUGAACACUAAGGGAAAAUACAUGGUGGUGGUGGAAAUCUUCUCUAUGUUGGCUUCCACUGCUGGACUGCUGGCUUGCAUCUUUUUCCCCAAAUGCUACAUUAUUUUGUGGAGGCCAGAACUAAACAAAAGAGAUGAAAUAAUAAAGAGAAAAAGAUAA